AUGUCCUCUUCUCCCCUUCCAUCAUUCAACGAAUUGACACAAAAGAAGGCCCCAGUUCUGCGCACAGGAAGCCGCGCAACCCAAGUUCCCCAAACUGCCUCGGCAUCGUUCACAAGCGUAGCGUCGCUCCUCAAAGCGACAUCUGCGAAGGACUUGCUUGGCGUGGAUGCAAUUGGAUCUUUCAGGAUGGAAGAGCAUAACGGAGACUCAGUUGAAGAGCUACCGAAACUCCCGAAGGCUAAACCUCGAAAACCUGCUACAAAGAAAGUCGGUGUCGGCGAGGAGAAGGUGGCAAAGGCUCCACGAAAGAAGAAGGAUACCGUUGAAGGAGAACCUAAGAAGCCACGCAAGCCAAGGGUGAAGGUGACAGAUCAAGCCGUUGGAGGAAAUGAUACGCCGAAGGAACCUGCUCCUAAAAAGCCCCGCGCGAAGAAGGUAGAUAAAGAUGCCAAUCCGGACGAAGGGAUUAAAGACAAGCCAGCUCGGAAGCCAAGAUCUAAGAAACCAGAGGGCGAGUCCCAAAUCAUCCUUGCGAAAGGUCAGAUCACGAAACCUUCCAGCAAAUUGACGUCUGAUAGAGUGGACAAGGCAGUGAAGUCCAAGAAGCUGGAAUCUGCUAUAACAGAUCCAUUUGCCGACCCGGUUGACCUGGGGCUAGUUGAAGCUGUCCAGAGACGUACUGACUGGACUCCACCAACGGCAACAGGGAAGACGACAGGUAUCACUCCUAUUUCUGGUGAUCGAUUAGAUUUCGGCUCGACAUCUUGCGGAUCGAUUCAAUCAGGAGAGAGAAGCAAGACGUUUACAGAUCUGUUUGGUAGCUUUGGAUUUUCGAAGCUGGAUAAUAACGAUAUUGGGAAGAAGUCCUUAGAGACUGAGAAGCCACGGAAGAGAAAGCUCAUCGAACUUGUCAAAACGAGUGUCUCGACAGCUGCAGCUACAUCUCUCAAAGAGAAAGCACCCAAGAAGAAGGCAAGGACAAUCACAGGCCUGGCAACAUCUGCAUAUGCUGAACAAGAAGAAAUUACUGCCAAACCGGCGCCUCUACUGCAAUACUUUUCUCGACAAACCACAGAAAGACCUACAAAUGAUGGAUUCAAAGUUCCUCCAAAACCACGGUCGAAGAGCCUGGUGAAGGGGGCAAAGCCCAAAAAGGGAUCUGCAGACGCUCCAAUUCUUCUCUCGCCCGAGUCAGCUUUAAAACAGAGCGGAAAUCAGGAUUUCGUCUUUGGAACCUCGAGCCAACUUGCAAGAGAGGAUUCGCCCAGGCUUCUCCGUGAUUUACAUGAAGCUAUGCAAGCGUCGAAUGAAAUUGACGAAGACGACCCAUUUGCGGAUUCAAUUCAUGCGUCUGUGUUUGCAAACCGUGGGAAGACAUUGGCCCCGGCUAACCGCGAUCUCUGGUCUGCGGCAGCCCGUGAUAUGGCUGGUGAUUUGUUAGAAGUUGAGAUGGUCGACCUCGUUGACUCUCCAGUUGCCACAAAACACACAAUACCAACAAUCAUGCCUGGAGCCACUAAGCCUUUGGUGAAUGAAGUAGCUGAGGAUGUUUGGUAUGAUAUUGAAGAAUUGGGCAAAAAUAUGGAUCAAGACCUUCAGACAACGAAAGAAGCGACAAGAAGAAUCGGACCCGUAGAGGCAGCAAUCAGAGCUGAACUUCUAAGCAGCCCUGCGAGCAAUCCUAAGUCCAAAGAAUCGACUCCGAAAAAAUCAAAGAGAGAAAAGAGAGACAAGUCGCCUUCUAGGCGGACUAAAUCCCUAGCGAAAGCCUCUACCAAGGCAGCCAAAUCGAAAGGUGUUGGCAUGCCAGAUUUUUCAUCCUACACAACUGCACAGCUAGCGAAAGAGAUUGCUUCAUAUCGCUUCAAGCCCGUCAAGAGUCGAGAUGGGAUGAUAGCAUUGCUGGAAAAAUGCUGGGAGGGCAAGAAUCGAAUAGCCUUAGGUGCCCUAGGGGCUAAUGUCUUGUCGCAACCUCCUCCCGAGUCAUCCAAACCACCAGCUUCAAACCAAGUGUGCGCAGCUUCUCCGAAAAGACCUCGAGGAAGACCGCGAAAGGAGAGUACAACUUCUUCGCCACCAAAAGGCAAAGUUGGGAGACCGAAGAAGUCAACUACUGUGGAAUAUUUUGAGAUGGACAGUGACACUCCGUUGUCACAAACUCGGACUCCCAAAAAAUCAAAGAAAGGGAAAGAGGCGGUUGUCGAAGAUAUCUCUGACUCCGACACCGAAACCCGUCCCUCCCCUCCUCGCCGGCAAGCAUCUCAGACCAAAACUCCACCACUCCCCUUGAAGCUAUCGACAGAUCUGGAAAUCGACACCAGCCCCGAACUCUCUCCCCUCUCAUCCCGAGCUUUACUCUUCAUGCAUAUAACCCGUGCCAUUAAGAACGCACCGCCUUCCAAAGACCCAUCAAAACCCUCCUGGCAUGAAAAGAUUUUAUUGUAUGAUCCGAUUAUACUGGAAGAAUUAGCGGUGUGGUUGAAUACGGGGGCACUGGAGAAGGUAGGGUGGGAUGGCGAGGUGGAUGUCAAGGAGGUGAAGAAGUGGUGUGAGGGGAGGAGUAUUUGUUGUCUUUGGAGGGAGAACUUGAGGGGUGGCGCGAGGAGUCGGUAUUAA